AUGGGGAUAAAGGUUGGAUUUUAAGGAAAGGGCGGCUCCCGGAAAGACACGCUUUAGUUGGAAGGUGGGAUGAGUGCCCAGUGGGUGAAUGCACCUUGUUCUGCACCCCUGCGCCCGCCUCGGGAACUGCACGCGGCACCCGCACCCCCGACUCCCACGCAGACGGUCGGGCCUGCAGGGCUCCCCCGGCGGACGAGGCUAAUGGUUCGCUCCGCCCCGCCCACACACAGGCCGCCCACUGGCUGCUGCUGGGGCUCAGGACUCUUCUUAGAUCAAAUGCGGAGGAAAGGGCCGCGCCCGGCUCCGACCCUCUUAAGGGUAGGAGGCGUUGUCUUUACUGCCCCUGCACCCAGACCCAGACCAGGUGUUGGCCUCCACCUCGGACCUGCCCCUACGAACCCGGCCAGCAUGCACCUUCAAGACCUGGGGAGAGGAGAGGGUGCUGCCUCUGCUGUCUGA